AUGUCAUUUAAAGAAUGGCAGUUACAAGAGUUGGAAUAUGUUGGUCAUUCAGUUCAGCAUAGAGAUCUGUUGUCAAAAUUGUGUUAUCCCGAAGCAGACAAUAAACAUGUGGGCAAUGUACGCUUCUCGGAGAAGUUUAGGCUCGGCGAAGGAAGUGAUGAAACCCGUGUUUAUCUUGGACUGACACAGGAUGGUUACGGUAAAGCAGUGAAACAAAUUCGUAAAGAUAACUACCUCCAACCUGCACAGCAUGAAAAGGAAAUUUUAAACAAAUUCAAUGCAAGAAAGUCGAAAUAUGUUGUGAAUUAUUACUUCUUUGAUGGAGAUACUGGAACAGAAUAUGUUUAUUUGAUCUUAGACUUAUGUGAGGAAUCAUUGGAGAAGUUUGUGAAAUCAUCUUCUUUAAGUGAUCUUCAAAAAACUCUUCCCGAUAUUCUUAGACAAAUUUUGAAUGGAUUAGUUGAUCUUCAUAGUGGCCCAAAUCCUAUUCUUCAUCGGGAUUUGAAGCCUUCCAAUGUUCUCCGUGACGAAGACGGCAAAUUUCUGAUAGCUGACUUUGGCAUUAGUCGAAUAUUGAUGAAUGGAUCUGAAACACACAACAGCAAGUUUAACACGGGAAGUGAAUUCUGGAUUGCUCCUGAAUCAUAUAAAGACGAAGAUUCAAAUAAAGCACUUAAUGAAGAUUUAAACGAAGCACGUAAUGAAGAUUUUAAAAAAGGACGUUAUAAGAAAGAGUCUGAUGUAUAUAAUGCAGGAAUGUUGGCUUAUUAUGUUGCAACAAAAGGGAAACAUCCAUUUGGAACUAAACGGUAUCGACUGGACAAUAUGUUAGAUGGAAACCCUGUUGGCUUGGACGAAAUCAAGAAUGAAACAUUAAAAGACCUUCUGUCGUGGAUGCUAAAACUACAACCAGAAGAGAGACCAUCUGCCAACGAAGCCUUGAAACAUCCAUUUCUUAUGUCGGAUGACGACAUAUUUGAAUUUUUAUGUAAAGUUGGAAACCUACAGUCGACUAAAACAAAUGGUCCUCAAUCUAGUAUCGUCCCACAUUUGAAUAUUGAACCUUCCAACUGGAGAAGCCAAAUGGAUAACAAUGUUUAUAAAUAUUUGGUAAAUGGAAGAAAUUAUGGAUCUUCAUGGACAGAAUGCUUAAGGCUCAUUCGAAAUGUUGGCAUGCAUUGGAACGAUAGACCACGACCUCUACCACAACCAGAAGCAUUUUAUAAGAUUGGCGAUCACAGGGCGUAUUUUCUCAAAACGUUCCCCAGUCUCCCUAUUAAGGUACAUGCUGCUGUCAGGUCAAAUGAAGAAUUGAAAGACAAACUAAAACUUAAGGAUGAUCUUAGAAUCACCAAUUACAAUAUCCCGUCAAUUGGUCAAGAUGAUUUAGAUUUGAUGCCAUUGCAUAAGUUAGGUCGUAAAAGUCCACCUUUUCCAAGAUCAAAGUCAUCUGUAUCAGAAGAGUGGAAAUACAUUGAUGAAUCAACGAAACAUACAGAAUUGCUUUUAAAAUUGAUUGAAUAUGGACGCAAUCCCAGUGUUAAGGUUGAAGUGGUUGGCAAUGUACGUGUAAUUUUCUCAGACGAGUUUUGCAUCGGCAAAGGAAGUAACGAAACCCGUGUUUAUCUUGGACUGACAAAGGAUGGUUACGGUAAAGCAGUGAAACAAAUGCGUAGAGAUAACUACCUCGAGCCUGCACAGCAUGAAAAGAAAACUUUAAAUGAAUUCAAUGCAAAAAAGUCGAAAUAUGUAGCAAAUUAUUACUUCUUAGAAGAAGAUACUGCAGCAGAAUAUGUUUAUUUGAUCUUAGACUUAUUUGAAGAAUCAUUGGAGAGUUUUGUAGAAUCUUCUACUUUACAUGAUCUUCAAAAAGCUCUUCCCGAAAUUCUCAGACAAAUUUUGCAAGGAUUAGCGGAUCUUCAUAGCGGCCCAAAUCCUAUUCUUCAUCGUGAUUUAAAGCCAUCCAAUGUUCUCCGAGACUCACAACACAACUUUCUGAUAGCUGACUUUGGCAUUAGUAGAAUAUUGAAGAAUGAUUCUACGACACAUAAAAGCAGUCCUAACAAAGGAACGGAGUAUUGGAUUGCUCCUGAAUCAUAUUGCGAUGAUGAUGAUUCAGUUGAUAAAGGACGGUACAAGAGAGAGUCUGAUAUAAUGAAUGCAGGAAUGGUUAUUUAUUAUGUUGCAACAAAAGGAAAACAUGCGUUUGGAACUAAACGGCAUAGAUUGGACAAUAUGUUGAACGGUAACCCUGUUGGUUUGGAAGAAAUCAAGGAUGAAACACUAAAGGACCUUCUGUCGUGGAUGUUAAAUCUAAAACCUAAAGACAGACCAUCGGCUACCGAGGCGUUAAAACAUCCAUUCCUUAUGUCGGAUGACGAGAAAUUUGACUUACUAUGUAAAGUUGGCAAUCUUCAGCAGAUUAAGACAAAUGAUCCCCAGUCAAGUGUCGUUCAACAGUUGAAUAGCAAAUCCGAACACUGGAAAAGUAAAAUGGAUUGUGAUGUUUAUGAUUAUUUGGUGAAUGGAAGGACCUAUAAAUCUUCAUGGACAGAAUGCUUAAGACUCAUUCGAAAUAUUGACCAGCAUUGGAACGAUCGGCCACGACCUCUACCACAACCAAAACCAUUUUAUAAGAUUGGCGAUCACAGGACGUAUUUUCUCAAAACGUUCCCCAGUCUCCCUGUUCAGGUACAUGCUGCUGUCAGGUCAAAUGAAGAAUUGAGAAACAAACCAGAACUUAUAGCUGAUCUUAGAUACACUAAACUAACAACAGAAGAAAUCGAGAAAAUUGGUCAGAAAGUUGGAACUGAUUGGAAUAUACUGGGUGGUCUUCUAGAAAUACCUUUUGACAUACGUGAUGAAAUUACUGUUUACGACACAAUUUAUCCAAAUCCCUCCGCAAAAGCUAAAGAGAUUUUAGUUAUUUUUAAUGAAGGAAAAAAAUUUGAUCGAUAUGUAUUGAAGAAAUGCCUUGACGAAAUAAAGCUUGAUUUGGAUGAAAUUUUGUCUCCCACCAAUCAGACAAGCAGAAAUGUUUUAACUACUCGUGAAAUAUGUCAACUGAGUUGUCAUAUAGCAAGUUUCUGGGAUGAAAUGGCUUCCUUGAUGAAUUUGGAUAACCAUGAAAUUAAGAACGUGCAAUCGAAUACGAGUUAUAAAAAUGAACAAAUAAAGGCUGAGAAGAUUCUGUCAAUACUGUCCAACAAGUGGAAAACUGAAUUUCGGAGCAAACUAGUGGAGACCUUGAAAAGAAUGAACCAAUCUACUUUGGCUAAUUUGAUUUUGAAUUACGAGUGGAAACACCUGCAAUGAAGGUGAAGAUUUUUGUUUUAAGUGUAAAAAUUCAAAUGUUUUACUUGAGAACAUUUUGAGACUAAGUUGAUAUUAAUUAGCACCGUGUAUUGGACAAUGCGUAUGUAUGGACAUUUCUAUUUAAUCAUGUCAACACAAUUAAAACAUUUUAGUUAUAGCAUCAGCAUAUUGAUUAGUUUUAAAAUUUGUUGCUAUAUUGCUUUAUGUCAUGUCUGUGCUGUACUCAAGCCACGUUUACACUAUACCGGAUUACUAUCGUAGCAGGUUAGAUUGUCUUUGUAUUUAAAGGCAGUGAAAUUGUUCAACGUCAGAAAUACAAUCAAAUAGACUAAAUCUAUCAACUUCAUAAGCUGUUAUUCUAAUUUUACUCAAAGUUUGCAUUGUAGGAGUAAAAGAUUGGGCUAGGUUUGCUACUAGCUAUACUUUAUAUAUAUUUCUUAGUAUUGAACUAGUACUUUGCUAAAUAAAGUCAUAAAGGU